AUGGCCGACGUACUAAAAGAUGUUCCUUUGAACUCGGUGCAGGUGGAGGCGCUGGUUGUGAUGAAGAUUGUAAAGGCUUGCGCUGCCACCUUCCCAACCACCGCCACUGGGUCCCUCGUGGGCAUGGAUGUUAAUGGCACUCUCCAAAUCACCAACAGCUUCCCCUUCCCUACGGCAGAUGUCGCCGCCUCCGACGCCCAUCCCAACGAUCAUAUGGCUGCCUCGAAUCUGGCAGCAGCAGCACCACGGUCGAAGGCAAAUAUUACAUACCAGAAUGAGAUGAUCAAGUACCUACGAGAGGUUAAUGUGGAUGCGAACAAUGUCGGAUGGUACACGAGCGCGAACAUGGGCAACUUCGUCAAUACCAGCCUGAUUGAAAACCAGUUCUUCUACCAGAAGGAGCUGAAUGAGAAGACAGUUGCGUUGGUGCAUGAUGUUAGCCGAAGCUCUCAAGGUGCUUUGAGCUUACGGGCUUUCCGGUUAUCUCCAACUUUUAUGGCUGCGUACAAGGAAAAUAAGUUCACUACGGAGAACAUGCAAAAGACCAAGUUCACCUACAAGGACAUUCUGGUCGAAUUACCCAUCAUCAUCCACAACUCGCACCUUUUGACCUCGUUCUUACACCAGCUACCCGCUGCACCUCCAACGGAGGACCUCGAAUUCCCCACUAGUCUCUCAGACCUCAAGAGGAACCAGCCCGCCAUCCCUCUCUACCCUAACCUUGAUUCUCUUGAUCUCUCAGUCGACCCAUACCUGGAGAAGUCCUGCAACAUGCUUCUGGAUAGCAUCGAAACACAUUAUACCGAGCUCAACAACUUCCAGUAUUACCAAAGGCAACUUGCGCGCGAGCAGACCAAAAUUACGGCGUGGAAGACAAAACGUGCGGCAGAGAAUGCCACCAGGGUCCAACAAAAGCUGGCGCCAUUACCGGAGGAUGAGUGGGAGCGGGUGUUCAAGCUGCCAACUGAGCCAAGCAGAUUGGAAGGCAUGCUAAAUGCUCGACAGGUGGAGCAAUACUCAAGACAGGUCGAUGGCUUUACGGCUAGUAUUACCAGCAAAAUGUUUGCAGUCAAGAGCAAUCUGUUGCCAGACUCAGCGUGA